CACUGGUUUUGUCAAGAAAAAAAGAUUUAAAAAAAAUAUUUCCGCUCUUCCCGGAAGUCACUUUUUCGUCUCACGAUGGUUCCUCCAGUCGCAGUGUCGCCGCUUAUCAAGACGGCGAGGUGGUCUGCUCUGCUGCUCGGCGUCCUCUAUGGCAAACAGAGGUUUGACUACCUAAAGCCCAUUGCUGAGGAGGAGAGGAAGGUUGAGGAGGCAGAGAAGAAGGCAAGAGAGGAGCAGGAGCGCAUCUAUAAACAACUGUCUGAAGCAAAUUCAGACACCAUCCUCAAAUGAAUUAUCUCUGGACCUGUGUUGUUAUGUGUUAAACUCAAUAAAAAAAAAUGUAUUACAUGUAA